UUAUUUUUGCUCAGUGGACUGCUGUCCUGUCCACUGACCCUCACCCUACUGCUUUUGCUGGAUCUGAGCUUGCUUGUUUGGAAUAAAACACCUUUUCUUCUUGUUGUGGACUCGUAAAUUGCUGUUGGUGAGCGGGUAAACUAGAGGGCAGCCAUUGUAAGUUGGCGGAGCGGCCCUUCGGGAUGUCAGGAUCASUGCAAGUGACUCAGAAGCAGCAGCAGAAGCUGCAGCUGCAUCAACAGCUGGAGGAGAAGCAGCACUAUGAGAGCAGCUUUUACCUGAGCACCAGGUCGUCUGUUAGCAAGCAGGCCUUCUCAACUCGCAAGACCAGCAGUCAUCGCCUGAAGACCUCUGUGAAGACAGACAAGGGGCAGCAGGUGGUUAAACUGAGCCCGCUACCCAAAAGAGCCAAACGUACCUACCUGGCCAUGGACAAGGACAAAGAAGUAAUAGGUUACGUCAUUCCUGUGUUUAGAGCAAACCAUGACGUCGUUCGGGGACUGAUGGAGGCUCAGGAGGAUGAUGUUACAGAGGAGGGCAUCAACUAUGUGGCAAUGAGGAACCUGUUUGUCAGGGAGGCCAGGGAUGCCAUGGAGGUAAAGGUUGAGAAGAAAACAAGAUCAAAGCAUGUGAGGGAAUCGGCGGAGCGCAUGGAAUUUGACAGAGCGUUGGAGGAGUGGUCAGAGUUUCGUAAGAAAAUGCACCCAGAUAGGCUGACGCACCCUCCGGAGUUUAUUGUCAAGCCCCGUGGACAGACUGUGUGGGAGGGCAAAACAGUCAGGCUGCACUGCACCGUGGCCGGAUGGCCAAAACCAAGGAUUGCCUGGUAUAAGAACAAUGUGCUGAUCGAUGCCAAGGCCCAUCCUGAGAAGUACACAGCCGAAAGCACUUACAACAUGCACUCCCUGGAGAUCAAGAAUUGCGAUUUCUUGGACACUGCUCAGUAUUAUGCCUCCGCUCUCAAUGUGAAAGGGGAAGCUUCCUCUGCAGCUACUGUUGUUGUCAAAAGGUUCCAAGAUACGGAAGAAGGUCCAUUUGAUCCCAAACCACAUGGUUWUUGCCCUGAGCAUGGAGUUACUUUUCGUACAAGCAUUAUUGACAAAUUUGAAGUGGCCUUUGGUCGUGAGGGGGAAACACUGAGUCUGGGCUGCACUGUCAUCAUUUUUCCCACUGUGAAAAAGUACCAGCCUGAAGUUGUGUGGUACAGAAACUCUGUACCUUUGAAGCCCUCCAAGUGGGUCCGCACACACUGGUCUGGAGAACGCGCCACUCUCACUCUUACCCACCUUAACAAGGAAGAUGAGGGCAUGUACACUUUGCGCGUCAACACAAAAUCCGGCUUUGACUCCUACUCAGCCUAUGUGUUUGUCAGAGGUAAARUGCCUUAAAUUCAUUGCCUGGAAAUGUUAUGGCAAAAUGAAAAUUUUAAAUAUUUAAGUGUGACAAAAAAAAGGAAAUCCAAAGAAAUCUCCAGCAGGUUGCUUUUUAGAAAAAGCUAUUUCAACAACUGACUUGURUAUAUGUUGGUGUUUUGUGUUGGAAGGUGUGAAGUGGGCACUCAUCACUGGGCUCAGUGUAAUGAUGCCGCAGUCAAGUACGCCCGGUUCCCUGUUACAGGGCUGGUGGAGGGGCGUUCUUAUGUCUUCAGGGUGCGUGCCUUUAACAACGUGGGAGUCAGUCGUCCAUCCCGCGUCUCUGAUCCUGUGGUUGCCAUGGAUCCUUCAGACCGAGCUCGACUCAGAGCCGGACCACUGGCACCUUGGACUGGGGUGAUCAAGUUCACAGAAGAGGAACCCACUGUGGGUGUGAUUCCAGGAGAACCUACUGAUGUUGUGGUCACUGAGGCCACCAAGAGUUAUGUGGUGCUUGCCUGGAAGCCCCCAGAGCAACGSGGUCAUGAGGGAGUCAUGUAUUACAUUGAAAAAUGUAUUCAAGGGACGGACACCUGGCAGAGGGUGAACACUGGGAUGCCAGUGAAGUCCCCUCGCUUUGCGAUCUUCGACCUGGCAGAGGGUAAAUCGUACAACUUCCGUGUGCGAUGCUGCAACUCCGCUGGCGUGGGCGAGCCCUCCCUACCCACCGGAGAAACCAUAGUUGGUGACAAACUUGAUCUUCCCUCUGCCCCAGGCAAUCCAGUGGCCACCAGGAACACAGACACCUCAGUGGUUGUCACCUGGKGGGCAUCUAAGGAUGUAAAACACUUGGUUGGCUAUUACAUUGAAUCUAGUGUGACGGGAACUGACGUGUGGAUGCCUUGCAACAAUAAACCUGUCAAGCAGACCAGGUUCGUGUGCCACGGCCUCUCCACAGGGUCCAACUACGUGUUCAGAGUAAAGGCGGUGAACGCUGCUGGAUACAGCCAGAACUCCUCCAAUUCUGAUSCCGUGCUUGUACAGGCUGCUGUCUCUGUACCUGCAAGCCCCACCAAUGUGACCCUACUGGAGGCCGUGAAGGACUACAUGGUUCUGGGUUGGACUGCACCCACUGACAACGGAGGAGCCGACAUUAGAGGAUACUUUGUGGAUUACAGAACAGUGAAGGGGAACAUUUAUGGAAAAUGGCACGAACUGAACCUAAAGGCCUUAACUACAACUUCCUAUAAGGCCGAGAACCUGAAGGAAAACGYCCUCUAUCAGUUCCAAGUCCGUGCAAUGAACAUGGCAGGUGUGAGUAAACCCUCUCUGCCCACUGCAAGUUUGGAGUGCAAGGAAUGGACCAUUACUAUUCCAGGACCCCCUGUUGGUGUCUAUGUGAUGGAGGUCCGUGACACCUCUGUUGUGAUCUUGUGGGAACCUCCUGUGUUUGAUGGACGCAGCCCYGUCAAUGGCUACUACCUGGACAUCAAGGAGGCAUCUGCAGGCGAGGAAGGCUGGAAGGCUGUGCAUGAGAAGACCAACAAGGGAAAGUUCAUGAAGGUGACUGGGCUGACGGCAGGAACAUCCUACGUCUUCCGUGUGCGUGCUCAGAAUCUUGUUGGAGUUGGGAAACCCUCCCAAAACUUGGGUCCAAUUCUGGCCCAGACUCGUCCUGGCACCAAGGAGAUUUACGUGGAUGUUGAUGACAACGGUGUCAUUUCUAUGAUUUUUGAAUGCUCUGAGAUGAAAGAAGGCUCACAGUUUGUUUGGUUCAAGAACUACCAGGAAAUCACAGACACAUCUCGUCUCACUAUUGCCACCCAGGGCGGCAAAUCCAGAGCUAUCUUUAACAGUCUCUCUAUGGAGGAUCUGGGCACCUUCUCCUGUAUGGUCACCAACACCGAAGGCAUCUCCUCCAGCUACACUCUCACUGAGGAGGCCCUCCUGCGUCUCCUGGAUCUUAGCCAUGAACACAAGUUUCCUGUUAUUCCCUUCAAGAAUGAAAUGGCCAUGGAGCUGCUUGAGAAAGGCUGCGUGCGGUUCUGGGCUCAGAUGGAGAAAUUCACUUCUGCCUGCCAAGUGGAGUAUGUUUUUAAUGAUGUCAUCAUUGAGCAAGGAAAGAAAUACACGAUGAAGUUCGACAAGUCCAGCGGCCUUAUCGAACUAUUUAUGGACUCUCUGGAAGUCACUGAUGAAGGAACGUUUACCUUUAACCUGGUGGAUGGCAAGGCUAAGGGCACUACAAGUCUAGUGCUGAUUGGAGAUGAAUUUAGGGAGCUACAAAGGAAAUCAGAGUUUGAGAGAGCAGAAUGGGUCAGGAAACAAGGUCCUCACUUUGUGGAGUACCUUGGCUUCACUGUCACCCAAGAAUGUGAUGUGCUGCUAAAAUGCAAGAUUGGAAAUACCAAACCAGUGACUGAGAUCAUAUGGUCUAAGGACAGYAUUGAGAUUGCAGAGGACGAUGAGGAUGCUGCGAAAAUCGAGAAAAAAGACUGCGACCUGACCUUUAAUAUAGGAAAGUGGGUUAUUAAGCAAGAGCAAAAGCAAGGAAGGAAAAAACCAUCUGCAAAGGACGUUCUCCUGCCACCAAGGCCUAAAAUCUCCAAGCAAGACGCGGGUAUCUACGAGGUCUUCCUGAGAGACGAGAGAGGAAAAGAUAAGAGCGCCUUCAACCUUACAGAAGCAGGAUACCAAGCUGUAAUGAAUGAGCUGUUCAGAGUUAUUGCCAAUUCUUCCAGUGACAUUCAAAUUACGAGUUCUGAAAAUGGCAUCAUCCUCUACUCCAAUGUGACAUAUUAUGAUGAGAACCUGCGUGUCGGUUGGCUUCAAAAAGAUGCCAAGAUUGCAGCUUCAGAGAGAGUUAAGUCCGGCGUCACAGGGGAGCAGCUUUGGCUUAAGAUCAAUGAACCCACAGAGAAGGACAAGGGCAAAUACACCAUGGAUAUCUUUGAUGGCAAGGACGGAGUAAAGAGAGUCUUGGAUCUGAGUGGCAAGGCAUGGCAGGAUGCAUUUGAAGAAUUCCAAAGGCUCAAAGCGGCAGCGAUUGCAGAAAGAAACCGCGCUCGUGUUGUUGGAGGCCUGCCAGAUGUGGUUGCAAUCCAGGAGGGCAAGUCCCUGAACCUGACUGGCAAUGUGUGGGGCGAGCCCGCGCCUGAGGUGUGCUGGGUGAAGAACGACAAGGARCUGGUGUCGGACGACCACUACAAGCUGAAGUUUGAGCAUGGCAAGUUCGCCAGCAUCACGAUUGCAGCCGUCACCACUGCCGACUCUGGCAAAUACGCCCUUGUGGUGAAGAACAAGUACGGCAAGGAGGCCGGCGAGUUCACCGUCAGCGUGUACAACCCUGACGAGGAGAGCAGAGAGGAUAAGAAAGACUAAAUGUCAGGAAGAAAAUGGAGAUAAUUUGCUGAGCUGUCUCUAAAUAAUGUUACCAAGGCACAAGCAGGUGCAAUAAAGCUGUUAAAYGA